AUGCCGACUUACUUACCAAAUACACCUGAGAACCGCGAGGGAUUGAUUGUCAUAUUCGCGGCGGUGGGCGUGUGCUGGAGCGCGACGGUCCUGGUCUUUCGGCUCUGCGGCAGUCUUCUACGGCGCAACGGGCUUGAUGCCGGAGACUGGACAAUCGUCACGCUGACUUGCAUCGGGACAUCAUGUUCAGUUGCGAUCUUCUUGGCCGUCAAGUACGGUCUAGGAGAACGCAAUUACCUCAGAAAUCUUUCAAAUGAUUACAGCGCAGCCAAGGCCCUCUACGCGUCAGACCUCCUUUAUACCUUCACACUGGGCUUCUCAAAACUAGCCACGCUCCAACUUAUCAGCGCCUUGAGUCCCGAUAAGCGCCAUAAACGCGUAUGCUACGGGCUUUCCGCCUUUAUAGCAUUAUGGACGAUAGCAGCCAUCUUCACCAUCGCCCUGCGAUGCAACUUGGCAGCACCGGCUUCAGACCUCACAUCUGUCCAGUGCCCAAGCCUGUUCUCGCGUUGGGCUGCCCUUGAGUCCAUCAGCCUUUGCAGUGAGCUCAUGAUCUUCGUCAUCACAGUUGUCAUGAUACGUGAUCUUCAGAUGUCGAUGAAGAAAAAGGCCAUGGCCUUAGCCAUCUUCGCUGUGCGGUUGCCUGUUGUGAUACCCAUCGCUUUCCGUCUGCGCUACCUUCACGCAGCCUUCGUCUCUGACGACUAUCUCUUCACCGUCACAGGCGCCAUCCUCGCUACACAGUGUGCUUUGCACUACUCCGUCAUGUCGACCUCAUUCUUCUACUUGAAGCCGUUCCUCGCAGCCUUCAAUAGCAACCUGGGAGCAUCUACCAAGCUCGACACAGUAGUGGCGACGCGCUCAUCAGGAAGAAGGGAUGGCAGCCAAAGCAACAGCAAUAGCAAUAACAAGUCGUGGCACACGGCGGUCCAGACUGCAGUCCAGACCGUUCCUCCCGUCCAGGCGGAAAGAGAACUUGAGGAUCUGCACAGGAGUAAUUCGGUGGAUUCGAAUGCCCCAAUCAUCUGGAAGACUCGAUCAUAUCGUGUGGACGUUGAGGAUGAAGAGCGAUGA